AUGAUGGCGCUGCUUUCUUCGCCGAUGGGUCCUCCCACGCGCUUCGACUUUGACCAACCCCCGUCGCCCAGCUAUACACAGGAGGACCUUCCAGCAGACUUCGACCGCUCGUUCGGCUCAUCGAUGUCCAUCUCGUCGUCUUUCGACGGCAUCCAACUCCCACCCUCGCGCCCCAGCGGUCAGCUCCACAACGGGUGCUUUGGUCCGAACAACUUCGCCGUCGCCACCACAUCUCAAUCGGGGGUCAUGGCGAGCAACGUCGGCAGCGCCGUCCAGUCUUCGGUCCCUGAGCCAGCGAGAAAUGCCGAGCGUACCUUGCCUCGUCGUGGCCCGAGUCUAGGCGCGGCAAUGGGCACCUUCCUCAACUCGCGCUCGCCCGGUCUGGCUGCCAAGCUGAGCUCUCCAAUGGACAUGGACAUCUCGUCGCCGUUCAAAGGCGCCGUCUCUCCAUCAGAGCCAGCGCCCGGCCUGCUGCGAGCAACGACCGAGUCCAGGCAGAAGCCUGGCGCGGGCCCAUCGCCCCUCUCGCAGACCCACCGGGUCAAGGAGCAAUGGUCGUCGUCGCCCGCAACCGCAUCGCUCGGCCGUCUAUUUGGCACGGAGCUCUCCCUCAACCCUACCAAGACUUCGGAGCGCGAGGCCGAGCUGCUCAGCAGCCCCGACAAGGAGCGUCCGCAGAAGCGCCGGCCCUCAUCACUGCCUUCGCGUCAGACGGAGGGCAACCAGGAGCACAUCUCGGCAAGACCGGUCAGCCUCAAGGCGAACGCAUCCUUUGCCUCGCAGAGACCACGCCCGGCUCUGCUCAAGUGCUUCACCGAGGACUCGCGGCCGGACUUUGAAGGAGACAUGCAACGCUCCUCCGCCACUGCUCCAAAACAUCGCCUGUCCGAUCCGAGCCUUUCCACUGCCACGGCCCGGAGCGUUCGAAGACCACGCUCUCGGGCAGCCUCGACCGAGUCGCUUCUCGGCGACUUUGGUGCGAACAUGGAGCCGACGGUCUACGACACCAUCGUCGAAUACCCCACCCCGUCCCCGUCCAAAGACGAGAGCAUUGGCAACUACUUUUUCGACCCUCAGUCGCCCGCGCAUGCCCCCGUUGCCACCAAGAAGGUGGCCGGGCCAAGUGCCGCGACACGGCCCAAGCUCAUGGAAAGCCUCUCGUCGUCGUCUCCACCUGCUUCGUCGCCCUCGAACCGCGUUGUCCCGCCACGGCUGGCGUCGCUGGGCCCCAGAACCUUCGAGAAGACGCACUCCACAGCCUGCGUCCCGACCCAGGGAACUCUCGCGGCGGGCUCCUCGCGAUCGUCGCUCGGCAAGCGCGCCAACCCGUACAGCAAGAGGCCGUCGCUGCCGAUGGGUGAAAAGGCGCUCAAGAGCGCCUACCCGGUCCUCGGGAUGCCCGGCGCCACAUCCGUCACCCGACCGACUGCCCCCGCACCUCGACGUUGCCACUCGGCCAUGGACAAUUCGAACUUCCUCUCGGGACCGAGCCUCGCCGCUUUGGGCCGCCUCCCGGGCUCCCCCGAGCGGAGACCGGCCUCGACCGGCUACAGCGAGCUCGCCGACGCCAACGGCUCGCCUAUCGCUGUCAAGUCUCGCACCAAGUCCCGACCUGGUCUACUGCGCCGUGCCAGCAAGGACGACAGCUCCCCCCUCGGCUACGGCACGGGGCUCAAACGCAGCGGAUCCCGUUCCGGCGAGAACAUGGUCGACGAUCUCGGCCUCGACGAGGUCGCGCAGCAGGUGGGCUCGCCUUUCGGCGCCGAGGGCAUGCCUGGGUUCGGCGCUUCGGAGAAGGAGGGCAAGGUUCUGCCAUGCUUCACCGUCAAAGACGACGGCCUCAUGCGCAUCUCGUCGCACACGCUGACGGACCUCCUCCGGGGCAGGUUCGACGACCAGAUCACGUCGUACAACGUCGUCGACUGUCGCUUCGGCUACGAGUAUGAGGGAGGUCACGUCCCCGGCGCCAUCAACCUCAGCACGAUGGAGAAGGUCAAGAGCUACUUCCUGGUGCCCGAUCAGGGCCGCCAUGCCGGCGGCAAGCCCCUCCCCAUCCGAUCACAGAGCGGCAAGGCGGACUCGAGCGGCAACCCGCGCAAGCACGUCAUCGUCUUCCACUGCGAGUUCAGCUGCAAGCGCGCACCCUCGAUGGCCCUCGCCCUCCGACAAGCCGACCGUGCCAUGGCGCAGGACUACCCCAACUGUCACUUUCCCGAAAUCUACGUGCUGCAGGGCGGCUACUGCGAGUACUUCCGGACAUACCCGACGGUGUGCGAGCCGCAGCAGUACAUCCAGAUGGACGAUCCGCGGUACCAGGACCGCCGGUCGGCCGAGCUCAACGGGUUCCGAAAGCAGUUUGCCCGGCACCGCAGCUUCACCUACGGCGAGGGCAAGGGCAACCAGGGCGGCCGGACGAGGAGCUACCUCGGCAACCCGAGCAUCCAGGAAGAGGACCUGUCGCUCGAAGACUCGCCCUGCGCUGCGGCCGGAGGGGCGAGGCUCGGCGCGCGACUCGGACCGAGCCUCAAUGCUGCCAGCGCCGCCGACACGAGCUUCGGCAGCGUGGGCGAUUCUUCCUUUGACGAGGAGGUAGGCAACAGCCCCUGCGCCGCUGCUGGCUCGCGUAGGCCCUCGGCCAUGCUCCUGGCCGGCCCGUCGUUCCCGCAGCCGGGAUCGCGCAAUGGCUCGCUGAGCCGCCGAGUCAUGCAGAGGGCCGGAACCACCGCCAACAUCUUGACCCGCUAG